UUCCUUUCUGUCUUCUUUUCUUUCCAUAAUUUACACAUUUCACAAAACUUCUAUAACUGUCGUGUUCAACAACCCCGUUUUCAACUCAUCGCACCCCGAUUUUCCAAUAUACAGUAUCCUUCCUAACGUUUAUAACAUUUUUAUAUGUAUAUUAAUUAUUUGUCUGAGAGAUGAAUGCUUCCGGGUUUAAGCCAGCACUGCCUGGAAUUUCGAGCUCGAAAAGGCUCGGAUUUUUUAGCUUCAGUGGCGGUAAUCAGCCCUUUGAUUUGAAACCGAGAGGGGUUUGCCUGAUCAAGGCUGCCAUGGAAGAGACUCGGACGCUUAAACUGGAUGUGAAUGGCAUGGUGGAGGAUAAGCUGCCAAAUGCGCACGCAGGCAAAAAUCAUAACCAGUUGUCUACAAUAGGAAACUCAACAAACAUAAAGUGGCAUGAAUGCCCUGUUGAAAAAAUUGACAGACAGAAGCUUCUCAAACAGAAGGGUUGUGUUAUAUGGAUCACCGGUCUCAGUGGUUCAGGGAAGAGCACUGUAGCAUGUGCCUUGAGUCACAUGUUGUACCAGAGAGGAAACUUGUCUUACAUUCUUGAUGGCGACAACAUCAGGCACGGCCUAAAUCGUGACCUUAGUUUUAAAGCAGAAGACCGUGCCGAGAAUAUACGGAGAGUUGGGGAGGUAGCAAAACUUUUUGCAGAUGCUGGAUUUAUUUGCAUCGCCUGCCUGAUUUCUCCAUACAGAAGGGACCGGGCUGAAUGUCGUGCAAUGUUACCAGGCGAAGAUUUUGUUGAGGUGUUUAUGGAUGUUCCCCUCCAAGUUUGUGAGAACAGAGACCCAAAAGGCUUGUAUAAGCUUGCUCGUGCUGGAAAGAUCAAAGGUUUUACUGGCAUUGAUGAUCCAUAUGAACCACCAUUGGAUGCUGAGAUAGUAUUGCAAUGCAACACAGGAGACUGUUCUACCCCAUGUGACAUGGCUGAGAAGGUGAUUUCUUACUUGGAGGUAAAAGGAUAUCUCCAAGCAUAAAAUUGCUGCUGCGAUCACGACUCUCAGUCAUGAUGCCUUUGUUAUUGGAGUACUACUAGCAAUGGAGGAAGCUGCCCGCUUCCCUAGUUGAUAAAUAUCAAAUAAAUCGAUUAGUCUUUUGGUGUUUUGUUAGUUAAUUUAUCAAUUAACUAACGAAACCUUCUUGGCCUCCGCAACAUGGAUGGAAAUUUCAUUUCUUUUGAUUUGUAUUUAUUAAUUAAUCUGGAACUGGCUCGGGAAAUAUGUAAAAUACUUAAGAAUGUUUCUAUGGGGGACUUAGUUAUGCACCAAAAUAGAGAGAAAGGAAAAAAUAAGAGUGUAUAUUCUUAUUUGAUUUCUAUGCAUUUCAUAUUUGAUUGUGCUUCUUUUCUCUCUGCCGCUUUUUAUUGCAAUUGCUACAACACUGUUGAAGAAAUUGGAAUUUCGAGUUCAGCAGUUCUAGUUCAUGAGAUGUCCUAUAGUGCUUCCAUAUGCAGAGGUGGAGUAUUGCCUUACUGCUGUUGUCAGUCUCAUUUCUCGUUUCUAGUUUUGGCCAAGACAGGGAUUGUUCUCGUUGAGGCGAUGCUUUUUCAAUCCGCCUGGAUCGAGAAUUUCUCUGGAGGUAACCGUGAGACAGCUUUAGAAAAGGUAUUCUGGAAUGCCCUUUUUUCUGGUUGAUUAAGCAAUCUCGCUGUCGCUCUCACCGUCCUCUAACCCUUCGAAGCCAAUUGUUUGAGCGCGUAACCCCAAAGUCAACAAGCUACAGGCGAGCCGGUAUCAAAGCUUCUCUUAUGUAUUGCUAUAGCCAGCGUAAGAAGGUUUCGUAGCUCAACAUUUUACUGGCAACAAUGAGAGUAAAUAAAUAUAUAAAAAAGUUUAUAUUUAUCUAUGCAUUUGACAGAUGACACUCUGACUGUAAUCAUAUUAUUCAUAUUUGCUAUUCUUUGUUAGAUUUGGGAUUU